AUGGCUAAAUUCCAAAUUGUCGCACUGUGCGCCGUGCUCGCCUUCAUCGCCUGCAUUGCCAGCAUCGAAGCUGAACCACAACAACGUGGCCAACGCGUCUACUACCGUCCGGCAGCUGCGCGUUACCAGCGUCCACGCACCCGUUAUCUGGCGCGUCAAGAGGAAGCCGAUGCCGUACCCGAGGCACCAGCAGUCACGCCAUAUCCCUCUGCCGAUGAACUGAAACCAGCUGUGCCCUUCGAUGAAGGCGCACCCGCCACCAACAUUCCCGACGAGGUCUACGGUCCACCAGAGGCCAACCAGCCCGAUGAGGUAUACGGUCCACCAGAGGUCUCCGGCAACGAAUUGCCCGCUGAUGCCGACGUCGCGCCUGUCGAUGACGUGCCAGCUGCCGACCCAGCUGCCGAAAGCUUCCCCGCUCCCUUGGACGAACAACAAGCGCGCCUGGUCGCUGCUCGUCGCGCCGCUGCGCUGCGCCAACGUCAACGCAAAGCGGCUGCUUACCGUCAAGCCUUGGCUGCCCGUGCUGCCGCGCGCCCUCUGAAGUACAAGGUUGUUGCCCAGCGCCGCCAUUGA